AUGGAUCAGAGAUUCGAACAAUAUUACGAGAAGAAUAUUCUUAAUGCCGAUGCUAAUACUAGUGCUGCUAGUACAGUGACAUCGUCGUUAUUUUCUGACAAUGUCGAAUAUAAUAAUCAAGUGAAAGAAUUAGAGGACUAUUACUAUAAGACUUUAUUGAAUGAUGAAGAUGGGCUAAAUAAAGUUAAGAGUAGUGAGAAUAUAAGCGAUGCUUCAAGUAUAAUAGAUGACACUGCGGGUUUCAGUCAACAGUGUGAUGAAAGUCAUGUAUCUAAAUCUAAUUACUGCAACUUAUUUGACUCUCAAAAUGUCUCUACAUUAAAGAAAUUAGAGGUUCAAAUAAAUUCAAAUUAUUUCAAUAUAACCAAUUCAUUACCUUUAACCAGUGCAAAUUUACAAAAAUUAUCAUCAACAAACGUAACAAAAAAUGACGAGAAUAUAUCUCAUAAGAAACCAAUAAAAAUUGUCAUUACAACAGCAGCAAGCGUUAAUGCUAUAGAUUAUUCUGGUACUAAUAUUAACAAACAGUUAUUUAAAACAGAAUUAUGUGAAACCUUCACGACGAAGGGUUUCUGUAAAUAUGGUAAUAAAUGUCAAUUUGCUCAUGGCUUAAAUGAACUGAAGUUAAAACAAAAGACAAAUAAUUUUAGAACAAAACCUUGUAUAAAUUGGGCGAAGUUAGGCUACUGUCCAUAUGGUAAAAGGUGUUGUUUUAAACAUGGUGACGAUAGAGAUAUACAAAUUUAUAAGAAUGCAGGUUCAAUCAUUAUAGAAGAUAAAAAUAUUAAACAAAUAUCUUCAGAGUCACCAAUUAAACAUCAAAAGAAUGUCGUAAAGAAAAAUUUACAUUCUGAUAUCCUUGCAUUAGAAAAGAUGACAUGGUAA